AUUCCCAACGCUAUAAACCUAUCCCAAAGGCCGCUUCUUCGUAACUAGGGUUUUGAUCCCAGAGGAGAGAAGAACAAAGAGAAGAGAAAGAUGGUUAAGUUCCUCAAGCCGAACAAGGCCGUAAUCCUUCUCCAAGGCCGCUACGCCGGCCGCAAGGCGGUGAUCAUUAAGUCGUUUGACGAUGGCACCCGCGAGCGACCAUACGGCCACUGUUUGGUUGCGGGGAUAAAGAAGUACCCGAGCAAGGUUAUCAGGAAGGAUUCGACCAAGAAGACGGCCAAGAAGUCCCGCGUCAAGGCCUUCGUCAAGCUCGUCAACUACCAGCACCUGAUGCCCACUCGCUACACUCUCGAUGUCGACUUGAAGGACGUUGUCACCGGCGAUAGUCUGCAGAGCAAGGACAAGAAGGUUACCGCUUGUAAGGAGACUAAAAACAGGUUGGAGGAGAGGUUCAAGACCGGCAAGAAUCGUUGGUUCUUUACCAAACUAAGGUUUUAAGUUUUUUAUUUUGUAGGGACGGCUCGUCGUUUUGUUUUUACUUAGUUGAUUAAUGUUGUUAAGAUGAUUUUGAGGAUUAUUUAGUGUUUUGUGAACUUGUUUUUGUUUGGAUCUGGGUCCGUUUCCAUUAGACAUUUUUGGUUUUAUAAUGUUUCUUAAAGAUUAUCACUAUAAAUUGCUCAUGUUAUUAUGUUUAUUUU